GGCAAGAAGCAGCAAUCGUCACAGUUACCCGGUCUGGCACGAACUUAGAUUUUUUUUUUUGUAUCGUACAUGGCCAUGCUUCAGUAAACGGUGUACUGUCUUUUGCACUGGGAACAUGGCAUCCAGUUCUAAAUUGCUGAAGCUUGGCCGCCAUUACAAAUUGGUGACAGGAUCUGCGCUCGUUUUGCUAUUUGUACAGGGCCUGGUUGUCUGGAGUUUCAGCGGCCUCGAGGAAGCGGAAGAUAAUUCACUUCUAAGAAGAAAUCUUAGUCCAGACAAGACAGGGCUUUCCAAAGACCCUGAUAGUUCAGCAGGGCACAAAUUUGGGAAAUGGAGGGUAAAAGCAGAACGAAGAAGCAAUGUGAGAACUAAAGCAUUAAGAAAUGCCACAAGACUUCCAUGGAAUCCACAAGUUAAUGUAAACCCGGAGGCCUGGCUCAACAUGACUAGAGAAGAAGAUCCUGGCAGUGUAGAAGGUGCACCUGGCACAGCUGGCCAUAGGUUUACUCCAAAGUGUGAAAUCACUGGCAAGGAUGCCCUCUCAGCUCUUGCACGAGCCAGCUCGAGACAAUGUCAGAAGGAGAUUGCAGAUGUGGUAUGUCUGCACCAGGCAGGGCAACUUAUGCCACAAAGAGUACCAAGAAACUGCCAACUGACAGGAAAAAUUAGCUCAGGUCUACAGUGGGAAGAGUCGGAAGCACGGGCUCCACGGGCUGAAAAGCCUGUACGUGUAGCAUACAUGCUUGUUGUACAUGGCAGAGCUGUGAGACAACUAACACGCCUAAUUAAAGCCAUAUACCAUAAGGAUCACUUUUAUUACAUCCAUGUGGAUCAGCGAUCCAGUUACAUGCAUAGUAAAGUAACAGAGUUGGCACAGAGGUACACAAAUGUACGUAUUACACAGUGGCGCAUGACGACGAUCUGGGGUGGUGCAAGCUUGUUGACAAUGUACUUGCGCAGCAUGCAAGAUUUGCUACAAAUGACUGAUUGGCCCUGGGACUUUUUCAUUAACUUGAGUGCCACUGACUAUCCCACCAGGACUAAUAAUGAACUGAUACAGUUCCUGUCUAAUUACAAAGAGAAGAAUUUUUUGAAGUCUCAUGGUCGUGACAACGCUAGGUUUAUUAAGAAACAAGGAUUGGACCGCCUUUUCCAUGAGUGUGACUCUCACAUGUGGCGUCUUGGAGAAAGACUUAUUCCAGAGGGCAUUGUGGUGGAUGGUGGAUCAGACUGGUUUGUUCUGACACGCAAUUUCGUAGAAUAUGUUACCUAUACGGAGGAUAUCCUGGUGUCAGACUUGAAACGCUUCUACAAAUACACAUUGCUGCCGGCUGAGUCCUUUUUUCAUACAGUCUUGGAGAACAGCCCUGCUUGUGAUACACUUGUCGAUAACAACCUUAGAGUGACAAACUGGAACAGAAAACUGGGAUGCAGGUGUCAGUACAAACAUAUUGUGGAUUGGUGUGGCUGCUCUCCAAAUGACUUCAAACCACAAGACAUUGUGCGCCUACAGCAACUCUCCAGGCCUACUUUUUUUGCACGGAAGUUUGAGUCAUCAGUAAACCAGGACGUUUUGGAUGUUUUGGAUGCUCAUCUGUUUGGGGAGCCUCCUCCUGGGACUCCUGGCCUAAAAGCAUACUGGGAAAAUGUGUACAGCAGCGUGGAAGGACUUGAAGGCAUAAGUGAUGUUAUUAUGACUGCAUACUUAUCAUUCACACGUUUAGCAUUGCAUGAAUUACAGGAUCCUAAACAAGAACAGAGAUGGACCGCAUGCAAAUUCUUUGCGUCGGGUUUCCCAUCCAGUGCAGAAAUUUAUUUUUAUGAUGACCGCUUCCAAGGUUACCUUAUCACGCAAAAGAUGGAGAGUGGAGAAACACUUGAGAUCUGGAUGAUGCCACAAGGCACUUUAAUAUUGGCAGAGCAGCAUGGAGCAACCAGUCGUAUACAAAAUGUGGAGGUAGGAACAGAAUGGGAUCCCAAGGAAAGGAUUUUUCGUAACUUUGGUGGUCUUAUUGGGCCCUUGGAUGAGCCAGUUGCUGUACAGAAGUGGACUCAUGGAAUCAAUUUGACAGUUACUGUGGUCUGGAUUGAUCCCACAUACAUUGUGGCUGCCUCAUAUGAUAUUUCUGUGGACUCUGAGGCAGAUUAUACUCAGUACAAGCCCCCUCUAGCCCACCCAUUGCGCCCUGGGGUCUGGAGUGUACGCAUCCUGCAUUUUUGGGAGAUGGUGGCAGAGGUCCAUUUCCUUGUAAUACCACUGAGUUUGCAUAACAAGGAACCCCUGCAGAAAGGAGAUAGCUGGUUGCAUUCAGGUCCUCCUCAUGGUCAGUAUAUGGAGCAAAAUUUCCAGGGUCUCAGUGGUGUUUUAGAUUUACCUCCACGUGCUGAGAUUGAAAAAAAAGCUAAUGAAAUGUCUGAACUUCGGGAUAAGCAAUUGGAACUCUGGACUGAUGAAAGCUUAAAAAGAUUUUGGUCCGUGGGAGGAGUUUGCACAAAAUCAUUCUCCUCCUCCUGUUCUUCACUUCCCAUCUGCUCAGAUACACACUGGAGCUCUCUGUCACCUGACCCAAAGUCUGAACUGGGUCCUGUUGGACUUGAUGGUCGACUGAGGUAGCAGAGCCUGAAGAAUGAAACUAUAAGGUUGAAGUGCAGUUCAACCUAGUCUACUGGACAACCAUACAGAUAUUAAUACAAAUUUACAGAAUUUUGCAAGGCUGUGUCAGACAGUUGCUUGUAAGGAUUGUUGCCAGCUGUGACCUUUGAGCUCCUGCCACCUCUCAGUCAGGACUGGACAAUACUUUCCAUAAUCAACAUAUUGAGAACAGGAUGAGUGGCACCUUAUUGUACAGGGUCUUGUCCCCAAAUGUGCAAAUAAAUCAUAAGGCACCGACUGCUGCUAUGAAACAGACUAAACAAUAUGUUCCUUCAUGUAUUUUUUUUUCACUAGGGGCUGGUUCUCUGGAAAUAUAUUUCUUUACCUUCAGUAUAGAUAAACAACCCAGGCUAAUACUGACAGUUUAGCUUGCCAUGAUAAGCAGGUGAUUCUAUAAAUGUCACUUAAAAAGAAAAA